AUGGGAUCAAGUCAAUGGAUUUAUUCUUUAGAUAGACAUUAUGAUAAUUCAGGCACUAUAAGUAAUGAUUGUAGAAAUAUUUUAAAAAAUUACGUGGAUUGUAUCAUGGAUACGUAUUCCAAUACUCCUGAACUUAUCACUCGGGAAGUUUUUGAAUUCGUCGAAAUCGAAGUUCCGGAAAUUUAUUCAAUUAUAUGUGAAUUUGAAACGGAAUUAAAAAUUUUGGAACAGCAAAAUAAAAAGGCCCUUAUUAUAAUGGAAACUUUAUUGGCAUGUAAAAGUGUGAAUGGUAUUCUUGAACGAGAUCUUAGCGAAAUACAAGAAAAAACUCGCGUUGAAGUCGAAUGGAGUUAUAAUGCUUAUAGAAGUCGGUUGCAAUUAUUUAUGCCAACUUUUAACCAAUUAAUUAAAAGAAUGCGAUGUAAAAUUAAUGAUAUCAAUGAAUUAAUUGAAAGAAGGAAUGUGAUUAAUAUGAUGGGUAUGAGUCAGGGAGAAAUUGGUGUUGGUGUUGAAGUUGACAGUCAUGAAGAAUGGAAUCUUAAAGGUGGUGACGUUGAAAAUAAUCAGCUUUUAGAUUCACAACAAUUGGGACGAGCCGUAUGGUUAGAUUCCAAACUGUAG